CCCGAGCACACUCGUCACCGUUAUCGUCCGUCCGCCGGCGCGAUAACUGCAUUUGUGCGUUCGCGUAAACCAAUAGUAUAUAUAUAGUACAGCGGGUCUAUAUUUUAUAAUAUAAACCGCGUAAAAUGGCCGUCGCGUUACCGUCGUCUUCGUGGAUCUUGUUGACGUUGUUGUGCGCGAGUUGUUGUUGCGCGCAGUCGUCGUCGUCCGAACGUUUGCAGAAGCGCGGCGUCGUAGACUCCUCGGGAUUUUCGUCCUCGGGCGGCCACCAACAGCAACAGGAAUACGACUACGGCGUUCGCCACCAGCAGCCGCAGGAAUUCGACUUGGGCGCGGGCGACGAUCAACAACUACAGGCGCACCAAGAAUACGCGGAGUUCGGCGCCGCGGGCCAGCACCAGCAACAGGACUACGACUACGGUGCCGCCGCGGGCCAACACCAGCAACAGGAAUACGAUUACGGCGCCGGUCAGAAGCGUAGUCCCAUCAAAGUGUCGGUGAUCGAGAAAAAUGUACCGGUGCCGGUGCGCGUGGACGUGGUGAAGCCCGUGGGUUACGUGGUACAGGUGCCGGUGGAUCGGCCGCGCGCAGUACACGUGCCCAAGCCGUACCCGGUAAAGGUGGAGAAGGAUGUGCCGUACCCUGUCAAGGUGUACGAACCGCAGCCGUACCCGGUGGAGAAGAACGUGCCGGUGGCCGUCAAGGUGCCGUACGACCGUCCCGUGCCGGUGCACGUCGACAAGCCGUAUCCCGUGUACAAGGAGAAGAUCGUGCGGUACCCGGUGUACAAGCAGGUGCGCGUGCCCGUCAAAGUGCCGUACGACAGGCCGGUGCCCGAACACGUUCCCGUCGUCAAGAAGGUUCCGUUCCGCGUGGAAAAGCCCGUACCCGUGCCCGUUAAGGUGCCGUACAUCAGACAUGUGCCGUACAACGUGUACAAAAACGUGCCCGUCCCCUACGAGAAGCCCGUUCCGUACCCAGUCGAGAAACGCGUGCCAUAUCCGGUCCGAGUUCCGGUCCACGUGCCCGUCCACGUUCCCGUCAAGAUCGAACAACACGAUCAUCAUCAUCAUCAGCAGCAACAGCAACAACAACAACAACAACCACAUCAACAGCACCAUAACCACUACACGCAGCAGUAUCAACCGCAGCCCGAAAAGUUCACCCAACAAGACGCCGUCGUAGAUUUCGGAGGACACCACCACCACCACCAACAACAACAACAACAUCACUUUGCCCCGGACUUUAACUCGCAACACGGUCAUCAUCAUUCGUCGUUCUGAGGACUUGCGACUGAUCGGAAAUAAUAAUCUAAUCGAAAUCCUUUCCUUUCGUAUUUUUAAGUAUUUUUAUUAUUUUUAAUUUUAUUACGUAUACUGAUAUCUAUAAUACUUAUACACACAUAAUCAUUGUAAUAAUAAUAUAAUUUCGUGUAAAUAAUACUAUCCUAUAAUAUUAUGAUAAUAUAUAAUAAAACCAUCAAUUAUUUGUA